AUGGAGCGCGCCGAUGCCCGAAGUGCACGAUGUCAGAAAGCCUUAUGCUUGAACGAGGAGGUGGUAGUCGGGAUGCACGACGGAGCCAGCUCGGGGAGCAGGGAAAAGUCGAACAAAAAACGUCGAGCUGCGGAUCAGGAAGAAAUGGAAAAUCCGCACUUGCUGCUCGGCUUCUCGCACGGAAUCUUUUCCAGCAGCGAACCUCCACCUGCAAGUGCAGCUGAGCAGGGUCCAAGUGUCCAACGGCUCUGGCGUGGGUCACUUCUAUCCUUCUCCUUCAUCCACCAGCCCGUCAACCGCGUCCGGAGUCCUCUCUUCCCCGCGAGUCUGCCAGGACCCCCGCUACUCCCCAAGAUGGCAUCCAUGCGGAGAACAGGCACAGGCAACGGGCGCCCUUCAGGCUCGUCGGUCACAUCGUCGAGGCCAGGCGGACCAUCUCGUCCAGCUCCUAGCUCCACUGCGGGUCCGCGCGCCAUCUUUGACAAGUCACGCCGCAUCGAAGAGUUCUCUUCUUCCGACGACAAGUGUCCACAAUGCAAGACGGAUCGAUACCUUAAUCCGCGCCUUCGGCUGCUGGUCAGCCCGUGCUAUCACAAGAUGUGCGAAUCCUGCAUCGAUCGCAUCUUCUCGCUCGGACCGGCACCUUGUCCCGAAUGCGGCAAGAAGGUGUCCAAGAAUCAGUUUACCGCUCAGACCUUCCAGGAUCUCGGUGUGGAAAGGGAGGUCGCUGUGCGUCGCACCGUAGCCAAGCUGUUCAACCGUCGCGAAGACGAUUUUAUCGACCUCAAGGCGUACAACGACUAUCUCGAAGAAGUCGAAGAGAUCACGUUCAACCUUAUCCACGAAAUCGACCUUCCUCGUACGAAUGCUAAGCUGGAGCAGUACCAGGCAGCGCAUCGAUCGGCGAUUGCGAACUCUGCGAAUCUGUCGCAGCAGGAGUCCGAUAGGCAGGCACGGAUGGACGAGCAGGAAAAGCUCGCCAAGAAGGCGCGCGCGGACCGGCUGCGUCAGGAGGAAGAGAAGGAGCGCGAGGAGCGCGAACGCGAACGUAUCGAGAUGAUGCGCCAGCUCGAAGGUGGCGGUGACCCGGACGCAAUCCUGGAGAAGCAGCGCCAGAAGCGCAAGGAACGCGAGGAGCGCCAGCGCCUGCAGGAGCUCGAAGCGCGGCGGCGCGAAAAAGAGGCUGCACAAGCCGCGGCCAACGGUGCUGGAGGUGCUGGUGAUGCUGUUGACCGUCGACCUUGGACUGUCGACAUGCUGCUGGACUUUGAGGGGCCUAUGGCGUACUUGGACGAUGCGAGCGCGCUCUUCGACGUGCGCAAGGCGCCAACGGCUCUCGGUGGCCUCGAGGGAGUCAGAGGAGUGUCGGGCUACGAGGAUCCUUGGCUCAAACCAGCGUGGAUCACCAAAGAGCAGAUCGCACGCUAUCGCGCCGGCGGCUUCGACUGGGAGCGUCAGGUGUGGACGCGUGGUCUCAGCGCCGCAUGCCAAGGUAUCGGCGCAUCACCCCUCACCGGCGCACCAGAGCAAGACGCACUCCCAAGUAUGGAAGUCGACGCAUAA